UGCAAGCUUCUGUAGUAACUGUAGCAAACUAUAGUUUGUUCCACUUAUCACCUGUCAUUAUUUAAGUGAAAUCUAUUAUUUACAAUCAGGAUAUUUAUUUUUUUAAAGCAUCAUAUUUUAAAAUUUUACAAAAUCAAAAUGUUAACAGUUAAUGUUGAUGCUGGUGAUUCAUUGAAAGCAGUUUUUACUUCAUAUGAUCCAUUAACAGUUUCUCAAAUUUGGGAUCAAAUUGAACAAACAAAUGGGACAAUUUGUAAAGGAAAUUUCUACAUAAUUUAUAAUGGACGUCUUACAAGUGAUACUGACAUUCUAUGUAGUGGUUCUGCUAUUGUCAAACCUAGAUUUUUUGGAGGAAAAGGUGGAUUCGGUUCUAUGCUUCGAGCGAUUGGGGCUCAAAUUGAAAAGACGACGAAUCGGGAAGCUUGUAGAGAUCUCAGCGGUAGGCGACUACGUGACAUCAAUGAAGAGAAAAGGUUAAAAAUAUGGUUAGAGAAACAAUCAAAAAGUAAAGAUGAAGCUUCUGAACGGAAAAAGAGAAAACUUGAUAAACUUUGUUCAGAGCCAAAACAUGAAUUCAAGGAUCAGAAAUACGAUAAUGAACGAUCUGUUCUAACUGAAAGAGUUGCCGAUGCCGUUGAGGAAGGUUUCAAAGCAGCUGCUUCUACGUCUAGACUUAAGAGACCCUCUGAAACUGAAAAAGCAAUUAACAAAAAGAAAAAAAUCACCUUGGGUUUUGGUUUAGAUCUUGACUCCGAUGAGUUAGAAUCUUCUGAAGAUGAUAUCAGAGAACCUCAAGAAGAGAAACAAUCAGUUCAAGAAGUAAAUAAUGAUUCUGAUGAUGAAUCGGCCUGCAAUGAUAAAAAAUCACAAUUAAUUGAAAAUCCUGAGAAAAAUGUAAGCCAUGAAAAGUUAGAAAUAAUUACCAAGUCUGUUGAAAACGAAAUGGAAGUUGAUGAACGUAAAAUGAAUUCAAAGGAGGUAACUACAGUUGAAAAAACAGAGUCUAUUGUAACUAAUUAGUAAUAACUUAUCAAAAUAGUAAUUUUUCUAAUUGUUAUUAUUAAUUCUUCAGUAAUGUACAAUUGAAUAAUUAAUGGAAUUUAUUUGUUCUGUUGUAAAUAAAUAAAAUAUUUUCAGUUUUUAUUUAUUUAAAUUAAUAAACAAACUGUAAAAUCUAUAGUAACUUAUGAAUUUUUUACAAUAUGUAGUAAGUAAAUUUUACUAAAAUAUGUAAUAGUGUAAUAAAAUUUUAUAUUAGUUUAA